AUGGCUUCUUUUCCAACAAUCUUCUUGCGCGUCCUUGUUUCCAUGAGACCCUUUCUUUCCUCCAAGUCUUUUCUAAUUCCUGCUUGUGUUUUGGGUAUUUGGAAGUUGUUGCACCGCAUCAAUUCACACCUCUCCACCCGGAGUUUGAACAACUUCCAGACGGACAAGUCGUGGGACUGGACAAAGGAGAUUGUCCUCAUAACUGGCGGCUCCAAUGGCAUCGGUGCUGAAAUUGUGCGCAGACUUUCAGAUCGUGGAGUAGCGGUAGUCAUUUGGGAUAUUGCUUCACCUCCGGCUGAGCUACUCGAACAACCCUCAGUGCAAUACUAUCACGUCGACGUGACAUCGGAGGAGUCAAUCCUAUCAGCCGCUCGGCAAGUCCGAGCGGACCUGGGUGAUCCUUCCAUUCUGAUCAACAAUGCGGGCAUAGCGAUAGCAGAAAACAUUGUCGAGGAGAAUAUACAGCACCGAAAGCUUCAGUUUGAAAUCAAUGUGUUCGCCCAAAUGCGACUCGUUCAAGAAUUUCUUCCUGCAAUGGCCAAGCGCAACCAUGGUCAUAUCGUGACCAUGGCAAGCGCAUCAAGCUUCAUCUCAACUACACAGCUUGUCACCUAUGCCAGUACCAAAGCAGCCAUUAUGGCCUUCCACGAAGGCGUUGCUCAGGAAUUACGUAUGCGCUACAAUGCUCGGCGGGUCAGAACAACCAUCGUCUUUCCUCACUAUGUCCGCACUGAUAUGGUCAAGAAGCUUACCACACUGCACGACUUUCCGGAGCUCCUUCUCGAGCCCGAGUAUGUGGCCGACCAAGUGGUGAAGCAAGUAUUGAGUGGCGAUGCCGGCAGACUCAUUUUGCCUCCAAGCAACUCUUGGUUAACGUACCUACGGGCUCUGCCACCGUGGUACAUGUAUCGUAUCCACUCGAUGGACCCUGAUGUAUACAAACCGCGCGCGUAG